UGAAUAAGGUCCUCCUUCAGAGUGGGACCUCUUGCAUUUAGAGGAUCUGAGCUGCCGCUCUCUGGGAUCUUUUCAGGUUCUGCACCGUCAAAAUGUUGAAGCUGUUCGGUACUUUGAGGCCUUUAGCUGCCCUGUUCAGAGCAACUGCUGCUGCUCAGCCCAGUGCCCACCUGGCCACCGGACCCCAGCAGGAGCAGAGAACCUUCUACGAGUUCAGAACCUACAGCAUCCGUCCAGACCAGAACUCGGCCUUCCUCAAGCUGACCAAUGAGAAGAUCCACCUGCGCACCGCCCACUCCCAGCUGAUUGGCUACUGGACAGUUGAGUACGGUGGCCUCAACCAGGUCUUCCAUAUAUGGCAGUAUGACAGUUACUCCCAGCGGGCAGCUGUGCGGGCAGCCCUGGCUCAGGACCCCUCCUGGAUCUCAGAGUACAUCUCCAAAGCCUUACCGCUGCUGACGGUGCAGGACAACGAGGUUUCCUACUUGGUGCCCUGGAGCCGCCUGAAGAGCCCCCCCCAGCCGGGAGGUGUGUUCGAGUUGGCGACCUUCCAGAUGCGUCCCGGCGGCCCGGCGGUUUGGGGCGGAGCCUUCCAGGCGGCCAUGUCGGCUCACGACGCUCCGGGUUACGGGAAGCUGCUGGGGGCGUUCCACAGCGAGUUCGGACUGCUGAACCGAGUUCACGCUCUCUGGUGGUUCGAGAGCGCCGACCAUCGAGCCGAAUGUCGACACAAGGCUCACACCGACGCCAGAGUGGUUGCGGCAGUCAGGAACAGCGUCGCCCACCUGGACUCUCAGAGAAAUCAGCUCAUGUUCCCCUGUCCCUUCUCCCCCAUGAAGUAACUUCCUGCCGUCUCCAUGGCGACACAUCCACUCUUCUCAUUCAGGCCUGACCUAGGCUCCGCCUCCUGCCCUGGACGGACCAAUCACAGCAGCCGGCCACUGUGGCCCCAAAGUUCUACUGAGGUUCUGAUCCAAAUGCUGCUCAACAACAAACUGACUGUUGGAAAUUUUCUGCAAUAAACUCUUCUUUAUGGUG